UUUACAUUUACCAACUAUUCAUUUCCCUCGUAGUGGUUUCCCUCGUUGAAGUUAUUCUUCUCAUCCGUCUAUUCGCUCUUUAUGAUCAAGCCAAACAAAUAAAAGUUCCAGUGAUAGCCCUAUUUAUCGUGGUAGUGGCUAGCUCAUUCGGUAUGGCAGUAAAAGAGGCUUUGUAUGAUCAUGCUGCACUAGUGCACGCAGGUCCAUCCUCGCUGUACGGCGGAUGUACUGGCGGUGUUCCAAACUGGUUUUUUAUCUUUUGGACACCGUUUAUGGUAUUUGACACUGUUCUAGUCUUGCUCGUAGCAUGUAAAUCGUUUCAACAUUAUCAUCAAGUUCCCAAUAAACAGUGGUUCGGCGCGCGUCUGGUCGCGGUUCUGGCGCGAGAUUCGUUUGUCUUCUUUCUUGUCAACUUGAUGAUAUAUCUGUUCAAUACGAUGACGUGGAAGCUAGCCCCGGCAGGCCUGUCAGAGAUGGCUUCCUUCUGGUGGCUAGCCAUACCGCCAAUCUCAGCCACUCGUCUACUCCUUAACCUGCGACAAGUUUACACCCAGGACCGCGAAAUUGAGAUUGAGCUAUUGAGAUCCCGUAAUUCAAGAAUACGGUAUCUACGUUAACCUGAAUCUCUCUAUGAGUGGCAGUGCGCUACUUGUACUUAUCUCAUUACUGUCGCUGAGCAGGUGGCGGCGUCGGUAUAUGUGUUGGUAAUUACUCUCUACUGU